UGUUUGUCAUGCGUCAAGCUCAGAUGGUCCUGGUGCUAAAUAACAUGGGCAUAGCCACAGUGUUCAUACUGACCUGUAUGUGCGCCGUGCCACUGCAAGGUCAGAAGCCAGGUCAGGUGGACCCCCUGAAGGCCCAUCGGGGCAAUCUGCAAUGCUGGGAGGCGUCCUCGGCUCUGCUGCUGGAGAUGCGCUCUCCGAGGAUUGCUGACACAGUGCCUGCCUUCUGGGACCUCAUGGAGUCACUCAGGGCUUCAAACAACAGCAAACACACUGCACUGUUCUGGGACCUGGCCCAAGUCUUCUGGGACAUCUAUCUAAAUUGCAUUGUGUCCAGGAGUCAUGGGCUGGGCCGUCGACACAUAACUGCUGUCCAGUCCCUCAUUACUGACAAUGAUGGGGGAGACAACUGUGGUACAGACAACCAGAGCUUUGUUGUUGAGCAGGAGAAAACCACACAGAAUCCUUCAGAUUCAACCGCUCAGGAGCAAAGUCCCACGCGUGGCUCCAUGUGAGAGUGAGACGUAGAGGGCAAAUCAAGACCCUGAAGACAGAGCCAAAAUAAAACGCACAACUACUAGAAAAGAUUAAGGAUAAUUCAAAGUAGAUAGCUUUUUAUAAACAUUCUUUCCCAGAAGAAAAACUCGAUUUUUCUUAAAGUGACUUUUACUUAUAGGAUCUGGUUUAUGUAAACAUGAAUGGAGGUGAGACCUCAUUACUUUUAGGACACUGAGCUUUGUUAUCCAACACUUCAAAGCGAAAAAAAUUUGGCAACAUAAAAUUUUACCCCACACCCUUUUAAUGACUACAGCUUGUUU